AUGCUUGGGAUGCACCGUUCUGCAGUGAUGCAAGACUUGGACAUGCACCGCCCCAGCAGAGACGCGUUGGGCAUCAUGCCUUUAGCACCAACUCACAGUGCUGGCAGAAGUUUGUUGCUGAAACGACCGAGCAUGCCGUUCACGGUUGAUGACCUGGCUGCUGAACUGAGCAGAAUCCCCGCCGUAAAGGCGGUGGCACGCCCCUGCGCGCCCGGCGCGGUGUGGAAAUGCCUGGCCAAUGAUCUUGCCCGUGCCCUCAUGCAGACCUUGUGUAGCACCCCAUUCACACGGCAGAAAGGCCACAAAAGCCUACCACUUGCAGGUGCGCGCAAGAUGCACAACACAGACACCACUGUGGAUCCCAAUUGCGCUGACGUCCUGAUCAUUCCCGAGGUGACUGACGUGACCCACCUGAGAGCAGACCUGAUAUGUCACAAAUGUGGGUACUCUGUGCGGGACCACCGGGCUGCUGGCAACCUGGCCAUUGGCACCGCCAGUUUGACGGAAGCUAAUCUUCAGAACAUCCUUAGCCAGGACCCACCUUGCCCAUACUGCAAUGCGCUCUUUAAGUCCAACCACCAGUGCCAAGUAUGGACGCAGCUGGCGAUGCUCCUAAUGUAUGGUGGAGGCCUUGCAGCAGACGCCACGCCUGUGCCAGUGACCAUGCGGCGUGAAAUUUGCUUGGAUACCUUUCCAAGCCAUGAUGAUGUACACGAGCAUCUUGUCAAUGUCCACAGAUUGUCCAGUGGGAGCUAUAAAAACCCUGCCAGAGACACACUUGAUGGUGAGCCAGUCCGCAACCAUUGCCAUGCGAUGUACGACAACAUGGCUUCCCUGCGCUCACACAUCAACCAGGGCCGAGGUCCCAAGUUCAAUCAAGAUAUGCCCACGGAAGUAGUAGACAUUUUGUCACAGUGGAAAGCAGCCAUGUGUAAGGGUCUUUUUGCUGACACCUUGAGAGAUCCACAUGUACGACUACAGCUCACGCUGAGAGGUCAGAAUUGCAGUUGCCAUUACACACGCGGCGCAAAUCUCUCCGGACAUCUCCAAGCUGCCCAUGCCCAGCUUUGGUCAGACUCUCAGAUGUUGACACGGAUCAUGGUGAGCCUCAUCUACAAUGAAGCUGGUUGCAUCUGCAACCCUGGUGUCAGUGCCCCUCGGGUAAAUCACAUCUGCUUGCCAUUGCGCCAACUGGCGAUGCAGCACAUGCGCAUGACUGGAGACAUCCUGUUUCCACACAACCCCACAGAAGAAGAGCUUGCAGCCUUGUUUUCACAAACCUUGGACCGCACGCAAAGGUUUAUGCUUCAACGCGCUUUGACAGAAAGAACCCUGCAUGAUUUCUGGACAGCUGAGGCUCACCAGAUGAUGCUGAGGCAGACCUGUGUGCUCUGUGGCACCACCAUGCAUCCGGCUGACCUGGUCAGCAACCUCUAUGAGGCACACCAGUGUGGACAACCCAUCGUGCAGUUUUUGAUACAACAGCUGGUAUCCAAGUUUGUGGAAUGCAAUGCCAAUGACUACCAGCGCUCUGCUUGCAUGCAAACGUACAAUUGCCCUGCUGUUCUGGCGGCUUUUCGGGCCAUCACUCCGAUGCUGGACAAGAUGUUGACCCUGGAGCCCAACUCAGCGGCACCCAAGCGUCCAAGAAGAGGAGAACCAGCCAAAGCUCAGCCAGGCCACUCCAAGCACCAGCUGAAGGACACGGUCAACUUGGCUCACGCCGUGCAGCACCUCCUGCAAGUCCUCUUCAACACCCUGCAGCAGCUGGGGGAGACGCGGGAUGGCUCGGAGAUACAGCAGGCAGCCAUCAACAGCAUGAUUCUUUUGCCAGACAAGACGUGCCCUUAUCUGGAAUGGGACCAAUCCCAGAAACAGUUGAAGAUCAGUCACAAAAGACCUCUGACGAUGAAGCACCUUCAUCAACUCUGCACGGGCAUGCUGGAACACUUGGCCGAUGUGCACCUGGCGACCAACUUCCAUGCACUUCCCUCGUCCAGCAAGGAGGUGACAGCAUGGAAACUCCAAGUGAACCUGCGAGCAGAGCAGAUCAGCCGUGGCACUUCUGCAAACCCUGGCCCAUUCAGGGAUAUGGCUCCUCAUGGGGACAUCCAUGAAACCGCACAGCCUACGGCAGAGUCCUCUUGCUUACGAUCUGCAGCAAGCCUUGGGGAUGUCCAAGCCACCCAAGGGCAAAGGCACGGGGAAGCUCAAGAAGGAACCCAAACAGGAAUGAACUUUGGGCACAGUGGCCAGCAGCCUGACACCCGAGUGCUGCUGCCGCACUUAGCACAUCUCACGUUGCAGAACCCGGGCAACUUGUGCUUUGCCGAUGUUGAUGGAAUGUGCACGGCCUUACUGGAGGCACCACCUUGUCUUUGCAUCCAACUGGACAGAAGCAUGCAUGAUGUCUUUUCCCAUCAGGGCCUUGUAUACGACCAAGCCGAAUACCAGAUUGUUGCCCUCAUGACGCAUUCAGGAUUGGCAACCUUGCGCAUUGCACCAUCCUUGAUGAAUACCACGUCCCCUGCAGAAUGGCUCUUGGCGCCACCUAUAGUUCUGCAUGGCAUGCACCGCAUUGGAUGA